ACUAAUGUCAAUUGAAAGCAACUUUUGUUUCAGUACGGAGCAACUACCUGUUGCAGUCCCGGUGUCAGCAGCUGGAUCAGCCAGGACUUCAGCCUCCUGCAGCCUAGCCUCGUCCAGAGAAUCCUCCACUAGUGCUCCAGGCCCUAUUCCCUUCAAAGUUCUCAUGCUGGGAGGUCCUGCGGUCGGGAAGUCUUCUUUGGUGAUGCAGUUCAUGACCUCUGAGUAUCUGCAUGCCUAUGACACCAGUAUAGAUGACGACAGUGGAGAGAAAUCCGUAUCAGUGUUAUUGGCUGGCGAGGAAUCGGAAUUGUGCUUCAUAGAUUUCGCCACAGCAGAUCUAUCGCCGAACAGUCUGAUCUACAAAUAUUCAGACCCACACGCAUAUUGCGUAGUGUAUAGCAGCGCAGACAGGUCCAGCCUGGAGAUAGCAGAAAAAAUCCUGCAAAAUUUAUGGACCUUGGACACCAUCAGUACCAAGGCGGUGAUCCUCGUGGCGAAUAAGGCUGAUUUAGUGAGAUCGCGGGUCGUGACGACUGAAGAAGGCAAAUCGAUGGCCACAUCCUACGACUGCAAGUACAUAGAGACAUCUGUCGGCAUCAACCACAACGUCGACGAACUGCUAGUCGGCGUCCUCACCCAGAUCCGCCUCAAGCUGGAGAACCCGGAGCGCAGCAGGGACCUGUUCCGCAAGCGCAGCACCUCCAAGAAGAACCUGAACAGGAACCGGAGUCCUGCCAGCGGCGCGGCGACACCUACUGGUAGCUGCACCAACUCGCCGAAAAAGUACAGAGGGUCGCGCACCUCCGCCAGCUUGAAAGUUAGAAGUCUGCUGGGCAAGGUUUGGGCGCGCGAUAGCAAGUCCAAGUCGUGCGAGAAUCUGCACGUUUUGUAA